UUUCCGUUUGCAAAUAGUGACAGAACAAAAUACAGAUUUCAGAUUCUGAAUUCAAUACUCAGACUCGUUCUCUUUUCUUCUUCUCUCUCUUCCUCAAUCUCCGUUCAUUGCUUUUUCUUUCUCGGUUUCUUGAAUUUCUAACAACAAAAUCGCAAACCCAUUCACAAAAAUUUCAGAUUUUUAACAACAAAAUCACAAACUCAAUGUGUUUCAGAUUCUUCCAUCUUCCAUAACCCUUGUGACAAAAGCUGAAAAUUUUGCACUUUGGUGUUUGGAGUCAAUUUCCAAACACACCCAGAAGAAAAAUAUAAAUAAUGAUAGGGGUUAGGAACAUUGUGGUGGUGUUGCUUUGUAUUACUGUUGUUGCUCCUAUUCUUCUUUACACUGAUCGUCUUGGUUCCUUUGAAUCUCCACCCUCCACCAAACGAGAUUUUAUUGAAGAUGUUAGUGCUUUUACUUUCAAUUCAGCAGACUCUAGUCACUUAAAUCUGCUUCCUCAGGAAACUUCUACGGUUCUUAAGGAACCUAUUGGAGUUGUGUAUGCAGAUGAUGAUUGGAUUAAUAGAAGGAAUUUGCCUCAAGCCUUGCAAUUGGCGGAAUCGAGGGAACAUGUAUCUGCUAGGGUGUUGUCAACCACAACGGAAGAAGAUCAAACUGAAAAGGAUAGCAACAUCAAACUUGUUACAGAUGAAACUAAGCAAGGAAUUCAAGGCGGGGAUGGAAACUUGGAGAAAGCCGAUACAAUUGGUGAACAUGUGAGCGGGGAAGAUGCUAUUGAUGUUGAUGACCAUGAUGGGAAACUCUCUAAGUUGACCCAUGAUACUACCGAAGAGCCUCUUGUUAAGGGUACCGUAUUGGAGCAACAACAAGCAACGGAAACUUCUGGCGGAAACAAGAAAAGACCUGAGACCUAUAAACAGAAUGACCAAUUGCCAUCGGAUGCUCGGGUGCAACAACUAAAAGAUCAGCUCAUCCAAGCGAAGGUCUUCCUUUCUCUUCCAGUGGUUAAAACCAACCCUCAUCUUACUCGGGAGCUUCGUUUAAGGGUUAAAGAAAUAACGAGAGUAGUUGGGGAAGCAACCAAAGAUUCUGAUUUACCUAGGAAUGCAAAGGAGAAAAUGAAGGCAAUGGAGCAAACAUUGUUGAAAGGAAAGCAAGUUCAAGAUGAUUGUGCUGCUUCUGUGAAGAAGCUUCGGGCUAUGAUCCAUUCAACAGAAGAGCAGCUACAUGUGCUCAAGAAGCAGACUUUGUUCUUAACACAAUUGACAGCAAAAACACUUCCCAAAGGUCUUCAUUGUCUUCCGUUGCGCCUUACAACUGAUUAUUAUAAGUUGAAUGCUUCUCAGCAACAGUUCGCCAAUCAAGAGAAGUUAGAAGACCCAAAACUGUACCAUUAUGCAUUAUUUUCGGACAACAUAUUGGCAACAGCUGUUGUUGUGAACUCAACUGUCGUCAAUGCCAAGGAUGCAACGAAACAUGUUUUCCACGUUGUUACCGAUAGGCUCAAUUAUGCGGCAAUGAGGAUGUGGUUUUUGGGGAAUCCACCUGGCAAGGCAACCAUUCAGGUUCAGAACGUUGAAGACUUCACAUGGUUGAAUGCAAGUUACAGCCCUGUUCUUAAGCAGUUGGCUUCCCCAGCUAUGAUAGAUUAUUACUUCAAGGCUCAUCGAGCAACUUCUGAUUCAAACCUAAAGUAUCGGAAUCCAAAGUAUUUAUCUAUCUUGAACCAUCUACGUUUCUACCUGCCUGAGGUCUUUCCAAAGCUCAACAAAGUGCUGUUCUUGGACGAUGAUAUAGUUGUGCAGAAGGAUCUGACCGGUCUUUGGUCAGUUGACUUGAAAGGCAAUGUAAACGGAGCUGUAGAAACUUGUGGGGAAAGUUUCCACCGUUUUGAUCGCUAUCUCAACUUCUCAAAUCCUCUUAUUGCAAAGAAUUUUGACCCACGUGCUUGUGGGUGGGCGUAUGGUAUGAAUGUAUUUGAUUUAGUUCAAUGGAAGAGGCAAAAGAUCACUGAGGUGUACCACAACUGGCAGAAUCUGAAUCAUGAUAGACAACUAUGGAAGUUAGGAACACUGCCACCGGGACUGAUAACAUUCUGGAAACGCACUUUCCCGUUACACCGUUCAUGGCACGUGUUGGGUCUUGGCUACAAUCACAAUGUGAACCAAAAAGAAAUCGAGCGGGCUGCUGUGAUGCACUACAAUGGGAACAUGAAGCCAUGGUUGGAAAUAAGUAUUCCCAAGUUUCGAAGUUAUUGGACAAAGUAUGUCAACUAUAAUCACGUCUAUUUGCGAGAAUGCAACAUCAAUCCAUAGGUUAGAGAUCGGUCAUUUUUAUAUCAUUCUAGUUUCCUAAAUGUGUAGGGCUUAUGUUUUUUAAAGCUUCAACAUUCAUUUUUUGUAUACUUUUUUUUUUCUUCAUGUUUUAUAUUUGUAUUUUUUAAACUGGCGCAUAGAAGAUUAAGAGCCAACAAAGUGCAGAGAUGCUAACUGUACUUGUAAAUGAAACAUGAAAUGAAGAGGCUAUUUUUUAAGUUUUA